AUGUGCUGUUGUUCCCCCGUUUCGCUGAUUAUAAAAUUUCUAAACAGCCCGCUGGAGACGUACAAGCUCUAUAUUAUGCUGUCGACGCUCCAUUUCAACACGCUGCGCCUCGCUGAGAGAAACGGUAGCAGAACGGUCGCGAGAGUGAUACGGGUCAAAAGAAAGUUUUUGGCUCGUCAGUCGACCGUCGUGAUCAAAACGCCCGUGAAGCACGAGUGGCGAAGGAGCAUCUUACGUCGUGUCUUAGACCUGAGGAUGGAGAUGCUGCAGAAGGGCAGCAAAGGAAUUUUGGAUCCUGCAGAGGUUCCACUUCACUUCCAACAGCUCGCAGAAGUGGAAGACUCUGCAGCUGAUCUACAAGCCCAGGGUUUAGAGCUAGAUAUAAUGGAGGAUCCCGAAUACACUGACGACAAUAGGCUCCUCCAGAUAGCUUACAACAUUCUAACCGCUGAAAAUAUCAUACUUCGACAACAACCUCAAACUGCCAACCUGGAGCAACACGUUCUCUAG